CUCUACUAUCGCCUUAUUUUCUCCCUAUUGAGCAGCAGGCUUAGUGUAGCUAGCGGCCGGAUAGGGCGAAAAAAACACAAAGUUGGGUUAUAUACGACCGACUGGAUUGAGCUGCUAGUCGUUAAGUAUCAGACUGCAGCUGUAUUUGUGUUUUGGUGUGUCGGUGCUUUCGUGGAGCAGAGACGACGCCCGACUGGUAGCUUAGCCAACAGCAGCAGCAGCAGCCGCCGCCGCCAUUACCAGCCUACGGUAGCUAGCAGCUACUAACGCUACUGCAGGCCCGAAGGUUUCAGGAGCUUGAAUUUGACAGAUUCAGUUUAGUCUGUUAGUCUGUUGGGUUCUGUUUAAUACUCGUGUACCAUCCUGCCCAUAACAAGCGUCCACGAUUGUGUCCAAUCCAACCGAGAACCAGUUUACAUCGUAAAGCCAACGGGCAACUUUACCGCAAGCUAACCGACGGCUUGUGGCUAACAUUGCCCACAUCCUGCUUCCAGGGGAAACAUUUAGGAUAACGUGUCAUGCAUUCGCUGGCUCAGGAGAUCCAGGGAUUCUCCAAAAACCGCCUGAAGAAGCAGUGCACGCGUGUUACCACGGUGACGGGCAGGAAGCUGCUGGAGAGGAGGAGCGACGGCGGGGAGGGAGAGGUGGAGCAGGUGGAAGAGCUGGAGGAGGGCAGCGGAUGUGGAUUUGUAGAAGAUAAAAGUCUGGACCUUCAGGUUGGCGUCGUUAGACCCUUCCUACUGCUGGCCUCUCAGGAUGCAGCCCACGACAUUGACACCCUGCAGAGAUAUAAGGUGUCUCAUGUGCUAAAUGUGGCCUAUGGAGUCAAGAACCUGCUCCCAGAUCAGCUGGUGUAUAAGACGCUCCAGAUCCUGGACCUCCCAGACACGGACAUCACUUCAUAUCUCGGGGAAUGCAGCUCCUUCAUAGAUCAGGCUCGAGAACAGAUGCAGAUACAUAAACACAAGAGACAGACAAACACCCACAGUAGAGCUUCAGGUUUUACCAGAGAUGCUGGAAAGUCAGAAAUUACACGAGGAAACACGCAGUGAAAUGACCCUUCAAGCUGUGAUUUUGCCGAGCUCCCGUCACGUCAACACGGUCAACACCACUCAUUUCUUAAGAGCAUGUUUAUGAUUUUUAAAUGAACAACAAAAUAUUAGUGGUAUCUGGCCAUGUGGAUAAUUUAAUGUUCAGAUAUCAACCUCUGAAACUUACGCUACAACCUAUGGGGAGUAUUUCUUCUGUAGAAAGUAGUCUUUAUGAAUACUCAGAGAUGGAUAUCUCAAAACCUCAGCAGAUAAAACUGUACAACUGGCAGUAGAGGAAUAGUUUUUUUGUUUUAAACCCUUUUAAUUUGGCAAACACCUGUAUGUUAAAUGACUAAACCUGUUAGUUUGCUGUUGAGCUUAGAGGUGCAUUCAGUGCGUGCUGGUUAAUGGUAACCUCACCGUAUUAUUAAGUUGCAACACUGCAUUGGGAACAUGAUUUUAAGGUCAGAAAAAUCCACGUUUCUUCUCAGUUUUUUCUUAAUGUGACCACUUGAACAUGUGGAUGUUGUAAAUAAAGACCAGGAUUUCCGACUUUGACCUGUUGUCGCGUUACUUCAUUUAAACCGUAAUUGCAAGCAGCCGAGCGGGGAAAAACGUUCACGUCAGCCUUCGACUUGUAAAUUCUGACGUGCAGCUAUCGGGAGCUUCUGAAACCAACGAUGUCUCCCGCUGGUUGAAAGGUACUACAGACGUCAAUUAA